AUGAACUCCCGGUUACGAGCAUUAGGUGGGAGGAUAAAUAAUAUACGAGCAUCAGAACUACCAAAAGAGAGAACCCGAUCAGAGAUCAUCUGUAAUGUCCACUUUUUGGAUGGCUCAGUACAAAGCUUCAAAGUCAAUAAACAAGACACUGGUCAGGUUUUGUUGGAUAUGGCCUAUAACCACUUGGGUGUGACAGAGAAGGAAUAUUUUGGUUUACAACAAAGUGAAGAGUCAGUCGAUUCCCCUCGAUGGCUCGAAUCAAGCAAACCUGUUAGAAAACAGCUUAAAGGAGGUUUUCCCUGCACCAUCCAUUUUCGAGUAAGAUUUUUUAUACCUGAUCCCAACACACUGCAUCAGGAACAAACCAGGCAUUUAUUCUUCUUACAACUGAAGACAGAUAUUUUGGAAGGAAGGUUGUUAUGCCCUCUUAAUUCUGCUGUUGUCCUCGCAUCUUAUGCUGUACAGUCUCAGUUUGGAGACCAUAACUCUUCAGUACAUCGUUCAGGAUAUCUCUCAAAUUAUCGUUUCAUACCAGAUCAGAACGAAGAUUUUUUAACCAAAGUAGAGUCACUACAUGAACAGCACAGUGGUCUCAAGCAAUCUGAAGCAGAGUCCUGUUAUAUAAACAUAGCACGAACCCUUGAAUUCUAUGGAGUAGAAUUACACAGUGGUAGAGAUCUACAUAAUCUAGAUUUGAUGAUUGGAAUUGCUUCCGGAGGUAUUGCUGUGUACAGAAAAUUUAUUUGCACAAGUUUCUAUCCCUGGAUGAACAUAUUAAAAAUUUCCUUUAAAAGGAAAAAAUUUUUUAUACAGCAACGGCAAAAACAUAAUGAAUCCAGAGAACAUAUAGUUGCCUUCAACAUGCUAAAUUACAGAGCAUGCAAAAAUCUAUGGAAAUCUUGUGUAGAGCAUCACACGUUUUUUCAGACAAAGUCGUCACUACCUCAUGAAAGAAAGAUAUUGUCCCAUUAUUGGACCUUUGGUUCUAGAAACCCAACAAAGUCUGUAAACAGCCACUACUGCAGAAAAGUCAUAGGUGGGAUGGUAUGGAACCCAACUAUGAGGAGAUCUUUAUCGGUUGAACAUCUAGAGACCAAAAGCCUGCCUUCUCGGUCUCCUCCUGUUACCCCUACUUGGAGGAGUCCUAGACUACGUCAUGAGAUUCGUAAACCACGACACUCAUCUGUAGACAACCUUACAAAUGAGAUUGCCUAUAUUACAGAAACAGAGGAUGUUUUUUACACGUAUAAGGGUUCUCCAACAUCAAAGGACAGUGAUUCAGAGUUCUCCCAGAACCGCAGUCCACGGAGGAGGAAUGUAUUGGAAAAUAGUCCAACACAGAACUGUCUGACUCAUACCUCACCGAUUGCCUUGUCCCAGUCUCCCAAUGGAGUUGGUAACUUUUCAGGCUCUUAUCCAUUGGAUGGGGUGGACAAACAGUUUUUAGAAACAUAUGACAACGUCACAAAAGGGAGCUUAACAGAAGAUUCCAGUCAGUACUACUGUGAUAAGAAUGAAGUAAUUGAUGGAGAUUUGCUUUUGGUGCGAAUCACUCCAGAUGAAGAUGGGAAAUUUGGAUUUAAUCUGAAGGGUGGUGUUGAUCAAAAAAUGCCUCUGGUGGUGUCAAGAAUAACUCCAGGAUCAUCUGCUGAUACAUGUAUUCCAAAACUGAAUGAAGGUGAUCAGAUAGUGUUAAUCAAUGGUCGAGACAUCUCAGAGCAUACUCAUGACCAAGUGGUAAUGUUUAUAAAAGCCAGCAGAGAAUUGCACACAAGAGAGCUUGCACUUCUGGUCAGGCGGAAAGUUGCCCAACCCUUGGUUGAGACCAAGUCAGAAGAUGAAGCAGAUUCCCAGAAUUUUCUAGAAUCCAUUCUUCGCACGUGUUCAGAGUACGGUGACACACUAGAGGGGUCUAUGGAACAACUGAAGAAAGGGCUGGAAAGUGGGACAGUACUCAUUCAAUUUGAGCAACUUUAUAGAAAGAAGCCAGGGCUGGCUGUUACGUGUGCAAAAAUACCUCAAAAUAUGGACAAAAAUCGAUACAAAGAUGUUCUACCUUAUGAUGCCACACGGAUAAUAUUGCAGGGAAACGAAGAUUACAUUAAUGCAAAUUAUGUGAAUAUGGAAAUUCCUUCUGCUGGCAUUGUGAACAGAUAUAUCGCCACUCAAGGUCCUCUUCCACAUACCUGCGCACAUUUCUGGCAGGUAGUCUGGGAUCAUAGGUUAUCGCUGAUCAUCAUGUUGACAACCCUCACCGAACGAGGACGGACCAAAUGUCAUCAGUAUUGGCCUGAUCCACCAGAUAUAAUGGAGUAUGGCAACUUUCGUGUCAAAUGUCAAUCUGAAGAUUGUACUAUUGCCUAUGUUUUUAGAGAAAUGGUGAUUACAAAUAUUGAGACAGAGGAAGAGCACACCAUCACCCAUCUCCAGUAUGUUGCUUGGCCUGAUCAUGGUGUUCCUGAUGACUCCAGGGACUUUUUGGAGUUUGUCACCUGUAUGAGGCCAAAGAGAGUGGAGAAUGAACCGGUCCUUGUUCAUUGCAGUGCUGGAAUAGGCCGCACUGGUGUAUUGGUCACUAUGGAAACAGCCAUGUGCUUAAUUGAAAGAAACCAACCUGUUUAUCCACUGGAUAUUGUACGAAAAAUGCGAGACCAGCGAGCUAUGAUGGUGCAAACAUCAAGUCAGUACAAGUUCGUGUGUGAAGCUAUUCUUCGUGUUUACAAAGAAGGAUUAGUUCGACCACUGGAUUCCAGUUAG